AUCGCAAUAAUAGGUGGGUGACUGACAUACACGUAUUAUUUAAUAAUAAACAAUUGAAAAACAAGUAAAGAGCGAAUAGCGGCCUCUGUUGUCAGCAUUCCAUAACCGAAGGUUUGUUGUGGCAUCUAUCGAACAGACGAACAGAACAGUUGAUCAACGACUGUUAUCAGUCAGUUGACAGUAUAAGUCGGCGACCUAAUGGUACUUUGAUUUUGUUGUUAAUAAAGUAUUGUUCGUCUUUAAUAUGAGUGAAAAGAGGAAACACGAGGACUCGGAUCCUGAAAAUGAUGAAGAGUGGAUUGGUCCUUUGCCAUCUGAUGCAGCUGCUCCGAAAAAGCAGAGAGUUUUGGAGUAUGAAAAAGUUUACCUGGAUAACUUGCCCUCCUGCGAGUGCUAUGAAAAAUCUUACAUGCAUCGAGAUGUCAUUACUCAUAUUGUUGUAACAAAGACAAAUUUUAUUAUAACGGCAAGCUGCGACGGUCAUGUUAAGUUUUGGAAAAAGCAAGAAGAACUUAUUGAGUUUGUCAAACAUUUUAGAGCACAUCUCCAACCAAUUCAAGCUCUGGCAGCCAGUUGCAAUGGAGUUCAUUGUUGUACAAUCAGUGUAGAUAAGUCGAUUAAAGUGUUUGAUGUUGUGAAUUUUGACAUGAUCAAUAUGAUGAAAGUUGACUAUGUCCCUCAAUGCGCUGAAUGGGUGUAUUCUGCUGGUGAUGCGAUAGCUGCUGUUGCUGUAUCAGAUCAAGAUUCUAAUAAAAUUUAUAUCUAUGAUGGUCAAGGCACAGAAACUCCUCUUCACAUAUUUGAAACCCUUCACACCAAGCCUGUUGUAGCACUAAAGUACAAUCCUGUAUAUGAUACCUGCAUAUCAGUUGAUAAACUAGGAAUUUUGGAGUACUGGACAGGGCCAAGAAAUGAGUACAAAUUUCCCAAGAAUGUUCUGUUUGAAUCAAAGCUGGAUACAGAUUUAUAUGAAUUUGCUAAAAAUAAGACAUAUCCUUGUGGUCUUGCUAUAUCCAACGAUGGUAAGAAGUUUGCAUCUCUUAGCGGAGAUAGAAAAGUGCGGGUGUUCAAUUUUUUAACUGGCAAAAUGUCUAGAGUGUAUGACGAAUCCCUGCAAAGGUUUUUGGAGCUGCAGCAAACAACGCAGCAACUUCCAAACAUGGAGUUUGGUAGAAGGAUGGCAGUUGAAAAGGAAAUGGACAAAACGGAAACGAAUCUGGGUAACAUCGUUUUUGACGAGUCUGGUCACAUGAUAAUGUACAGCACAAUGCUGGGAGUAAAGCUUGUCAACACCUACACAAAUCGCUGUAUAAAGAUCUUGGCAAAACCCGAGAACAUCAGACCUAUGCAGUUGGCCCUGUUCCAAGGAAAGGCCAAAAAAACCGCCACCACCACCUUGGAAAUGGAAGCAUCGGAAAAUCCGACGCUGGAAAUGAAUCGACCGGAUCCAAUACUCUUCUGUACGGCGCACAAGAAAAAUCGUUUUUACAUGUUCACGAGACGUGAGCCCGAAGACACGAAAGGUCCGGAAUGCGACAGGGACGUCUUCAACGAAAAGCCAUCGAAAGAGGAUAUUAUCUCGUCGACGGAAACCUCCAAUAUGCAGAAGAUCUUUGAUACCGCCAUCCUUCACACGGCUCUCGGUGAUAUCCACGUUAAUCUUUUUGGCAAAGAUGUGCCGAAGACAGUGGAGAAUUUCUGCGUUCACGCGAAGAACGGCUAUUACAACAGUCACAUCUUUCAUCGAGUCAUCAAGGGCUUUAUGAUCCAAACCGGAGAUCCGACUGGCACUGGCACCGGUGGUGAGAGUAUUUGGGGUGGCGAGUUCGAGGACGAGUUCAGGAAAAAUCUCAAGCACGACAGGCCUUACACGCUCAGUAUGGCUAACGCUGGACCGAAUAGUAACGGCAGUCAGUUCUUCAUUACUUUGACUCCAACGCCGUGGCUCGACAACAAGCACACAGUCUUUGGUCGCGUAGUGAAAGGGAUGGAAGUUGUACAAAAUAUUAGCCAAGUAAAAACAAAUCCCAAGACUGACAAGCCAUACGACGACAUAAGAAUCAUCAGCGUGACGGUAAAGUAACCGGCGAUAUUUCUCACGGAAUUGUACAUAAAGCAGAAGAGAUUUUUUAUUGAAAUAAAAGACGCGCAAAACGACAAGGUA